AGAGCAUGGCCCCAGCCCUCCCGCUGCUGCUGCUCUGGGUGUUUGCCCCCACAGUGGUCCCGCAGGUGUUUGGCCCCGGAGAUGGCACAGAGGACCUCAAGGCUCUGCAGGUCUCCAUCCCACGCCACCCAGCCCUCGACCCUGUGCUGGCAGGCGACAUCACCAUCCCCUGCCUCAUCACCUACCUUGGCCCCCAGCCCACUGCGGGCACGGGCGGCCGCCGGGCUGUCCUGGGAACCCCCCGGGUCAAGUGGACCUUCAUCUCUGAGGGCAGAGAGGUGGAGAUCUUGGUAGCUCGGGGGGACAGGGUGAAGGUGAGCGAGGACUAUCGCCUGCGCGCCUCCCUGCCCAUCUUCCACCAGCGCUACACCAACGCCUCCCUCCUGCUCACCGAGCUGCGGCCCAACGACUCGGGGAUCUACCGCUGCGACGUGCAGCACGGCAUCGAGGACGGCCACGACAUCCUCCACGUCAAAGUCAAAGGGGUGGUGUUUCACUACCGGGAGGGCUCCAUGCGCUACGCCUACACCUUUGCCGAGGCGCAGGAAGCUUGUGCCCGGAUCGGUGCCAGCAUUGCCACCCCCGAGCAGCUCUACGCUGCCUAUCUGGGCGGCUACGAGCAGUGUGACGCCGGCUGGAUCGCCGACCAGACCGUCAGGUACCCCAUCCAGACACCCCGCGAGGCCUGUUAUGGAGACAUGAAUGGCUUUCCUGGGGUCAGGAACUACGGGGUGGUGGACCCAGCGGACAUGUACGACGUGUACUGCUACGCUGAGGACCUCCCAGGGGAGAUCUUUUUGGAGACGGCCCCAGCCAGGUUCACGCUGGAGGAGGCGGUGGAGCGCUGCCGGGCGCUGGGCGCGGAGCUGGCGAGCCCGGGGCAGCUCUACGCGGCCUGGAACGCGGGGCUGGACGCCUGCAGCCCCGGCUGGCUGGCCGACGGCAGCGUCCGCUACCCCAUCGUCACCCCUCGGGAGCGCUGCGGCGGAGCCCUGCCGGGUGUCAAAACCAUCUUCCUCUUCCGCAACCAGACGGGAUUCCCCGAUGCCCAGAGCAGAUACGAUGCGUACUGUUUCCGAGGUGGCUGUGUCCCCAACCCCUGCCUGAACGGAGGGACCUGCACAGAGGACGACACCCACAUCACCUGCCUGUGCCUGCCCGGCUACGGAGGCAGCAGCUGUGAAAGACCGCUGAGGAGGUGUAGCCCCGGCUGGGACAGCUUCCAGGGAGCCUGCUACAAGCACUUCUCCACCCGGAGGAGCUGGGAGGACGCAGAGACCCAGUGCAGACAUUACGGGGGACACCUUGCCACCAUCCUGACCCCUGAAGAGCAGGACUUCAUUAAUGACCAGUACAGGGAAUACCAAUGGAUCGGCUUGAACGACCGGACCAUCGAGGGGGAUUUCCAGUGGUCUGACGGGAGCCCCUUGCUCUACGAGAACUGGCACCCCGGGCAGCCCGACAGCUACUUCCUCUCUGGUGAGAACUGUGUGGUCAUCGUGUGGCACGACGGGGGCCAGUGGAGCGACGUGCCCUGCAACUACCACCUCUCCUACACCUGCAAAAUGGGGCUGGGCCUGGCUCAGCCCCGUGACAACUGA